CCGUGAUAUCUGGGCGAAUAUGCGGUCAAAUCUCCCAAAUCUCCCAUCAAUCGAUAGAUCUAUGUCUGUCGAGGCCACACACGAAAUCUGGCAUCAUUAUCGGCAAAGCUGCGUUGCUGGUGGGCUUAAAGAUGGCUGAUCCUGAGGAUUUGGCGGGAAGUCGUUAAUUUUCGCCGCUGCAGCUCGCGAGAUAACGAAUUAGCUGACUAAGCACGACCUGGUUGACUAAGCAAAGGUCGAAACUCAGCGACGGAAAGGAAGCAAAGACGGCAGAAGCAACCUCACAGCAGACACCAGACGAGCGAGAAAGAGACACGCACGACAGCGACAGCAAGCGGACAAGUUGCCAAUGGUGAGUGGUCUCCGUCCCUGAGGGUGGCAGGGGCUGGCUACGGCGGUUUUACUGACGAGCGGGAGCAGAUGCUGUCGAGACGAGUCCUGUCGGCGGCGCGAGCGCCAGCGCUGGCUCGCAUGCUAACAGCCCCUAGAAUCACAGCGACACAAGUCCGAUAUGCCUCUCAGGCUGAGAUACAGGAUCCGGGCAUGAAUGGCGGAUAUGAGAACCCUCCAGCAGUGAAGCGCCAGUUCCGUGACCCAAAUGCUGGGUGGUGGGAUCCCCAGGAUAAACGGAACUUCGGCGAGCCGGUCCAUGAAGACAACGACAUCUUGACAACAUUUAGCCCGGAGGAGUACACCCACUUUAAGGCUCCCAAGGCCUUUUUCCUGCUCGGCUGUUCCAUAGCCAGCGUGUUCGCCUUUUCUGGCAUCGUCAGCCUCUUCUAUCCAGACAAGCCCAGCGCUCCCCGGACAUUCCCAGACGGCCUCGAGACUGAGCUGGGUGGACCUAAUGCUGUAUCUGCGAGAAAGCACCAUGAGGAUAGCUGGUGAUGACCGAGAAGGUUAUUGAACUUGUAUAUAAAAAGACAGCCUAGAGAUCCAAUCACAGAUAUUGCGAAAGCCU